AUGUGCUUUCAAUGGUGUAAGCAACAAGACAGAAAACGUAAAGAAAAUAAAGCACCUGAUUGUAAGAUGAUUUGUUUUAAAAGAUUAUUGGAUCAAAAUAAAAAAGCUAAAGAUGAAAAUAAUAAUAAUAGUUGGAAAAUUAAAUUAAGAAAAAUUGAUGAUAUAGAUGGCAAUAAUGGAGACAUAGCAAAAACUUUAUAUGAUAAAAAUACUACAUCUCUAAAUGGUGGUAAUAAUAAUAAUAAUGAUUGUGAUCAUGAUCAUGAUCAUGAGAGAUCAAAUAAUAUUAAACGUAAAAAUUUCUUGGAUGGAUAUUGUAUUUAUUAUGUUAAAGGAUUGGAAAAUUGUGACAAACAUGUUGAAAGUAUGAAAAGUGCUGAUGAGUCUUUGAAUCGAAAUUUAUGGUUACAAAAUGAAUCAGAAGAAUAUGAAAUUGAUUUGGGUGACAAGUUAGAACAAGCCAAAUUAGAAAGUAUGUAUAAUAAUAAAUAA